GUUGUCUCGUUCAACAGCUUCAGUCGUUCUUGACUCUUCGACCACGGCGAUUAUCGAUUCGAAGCAGCGAUAGCGGUGGGCAAGAUUAAGUUGGUGGAUUCGUGUAUCUUCUUCACAGAGUGCGAGAAACAUGCGAUCUCUUAAGUGUUUUGUGCCGGUGCUGGUACUCUUAUACCUAGGCAGCUCGUCCGCGAGACCUGGUGUGCUCCUGGAUGCGCUAAAGAACCACAAAGGCACGCUGUUAGAUCCACUGGGUCUGUUUCACAAGGAACCUAAAUCUUCGAGCCAUUCGUUCGGCAGCAAUCACCACUUGGAUUUAGGACCACUUUCAAUUUCGCGCACUGUAGCCAUCUCCUCGGCAACGGCCGAAGGCAAUGGUGUUGCGAACUCCGCUGCCAACGCGAAUUCUCAGGCCCUUGGGGGAGCCUCUGCGAAGGCCGACGCCAGUGCAACUGCUAACGCUCAAGGUUACAUCGGUUCUCCAGAUUAUAAUUCUAACGCCGCUGGCAACGACUACGUUCCAACAGAAUAUCAAGAAUACGGUAGUUCCGGUUUUCAACCGAUUACGAACGCGAAUCACGGCAGUAAUUCUGGCGCGAACGCCGUUGCGAGCGCCGGUGCAAAUGCUAAUGCGAACUUUAAUACAAACGGAGGUGUAAACUCGAACGCGAACGCCAACGCGAAUUCGAAUGCCAAUGCUGUCUCUAAUAGCGAUGCAUCAGCGACCAGCUAUUAUUCCCCUCAAUACGCUCCAAUCGAUACGGCAGCCAACACGAAUGCGAAUGCUAAAAGUACUUGGAAUAACGGCCGGGGAGCACUCAGUGGAUAUUACACCCCUGGAACUUUUCAAACUAAUGCAGACGCGAUUGCGAGUGCAGAUGCAAAAGCAAAUUCUAUUAGCGGAACAAGGCCUCCUGGCGGUUACUAUUCUCCUGGAGGUCUUCAGAGUAACGCUGGUGCAAUUGCAGAUGCAAAUGCGAAAUCAAAUUAUAUCGGCGGUACAGGAUCAUCGAAGGGUUACUAUUCUCCAGAAACCACCCAGAACAAUGCAGGUGUAAAUGCCAAUUCGAAAUCGAACCGAGGCAGAGAAUCACCGGUUGGUUACUAUUCUCCAGGAAAUAUUCAAAGCAACGCGGCCUCUGCCAGUGAAGCUCUCGUCAUUCCUCAAAGACGACCUCCUGAAACAUUAAUCGGUUCUCCAUACCGUUUCGAGGGAUACAAUCGAGGGAUUCACGCACUUCCUCCAGUCUAUGCACCUCCUGCAUAUCCUCCUCCGAUGUAUCAUCAUCAUCAUCAUCAUCAUCAUCAUGGGCGUCCACAAGUGAUCGUACAUCCGAUGUCUCCAACUCGGCAGCCUCCACAGAUUCCUCAUCCUCCUCCCAACAAUGGGGACACACUGAUUCCAGUGGUAGUGAUGAAGGAACCGGUAUACGGUAGACCGAUGUAUCCCCGACCUGAUCUCGAACCUGGUCCAGAACCCGAAACCGUCGUGAUCGUACUCGAGGAGUCGCCGCAGCAUGGCCAAGCAGGCGGAUUUGGAAAGAGUAACUACAACCAACCAACCGGCUUCCAACCUGACUAUCCGACCGGCUAUGGAGGAUCCAAUGCCAACGCAAACGCUAAUGCCGUUGCAAACGCUAAUGCCGUUGCAAACGCAAAUGCUAAUGGUUUUGCAAACGCAAACGCUAAUGCAAAAGCGAUCGCCAGUGCUGGUACUAGCCUCAACGGUGGUUACCCUGGAUCAUUAGGCCCUGUUCAAGGAUCGGGAUACUAUCCAGGAAGUGCUCCAACCACUUCUAUCGGGGCGAACAAUCCUUUCUUAAGUGGAUCUUCUCAAGGAAACGCCAACGCAGCGGCUAAUGCUAAUGCAGGCGCCAUCGCCAAUGGAAACGCAUAUCCAGUAGCAUCAGCGCCAGCUCAGGGUGGAAACUAUUAUCCAAACAAUGCACAAAAACCCAUUGGAGCGUACAAUCCAUUCCUGAGUGGUCAAGGUCAAGGACUUGCAAAUGCAGGCGCCAAUGCUAACGCAAACGCCGGUGCAAACGCUGCAGCAAAUGCUGGCGCAGUUGGAGGGUCUCAAGGACAAUUCGGUGCACAAAAUCCCUUCCUUAACUCUGGAGCUAAGGAAGCUGGAGGUCCACAUGAACUUGGACAUUACGUAUCUGAUAAUAGUGGAGCAACAACUGGAAAUACACAGGGAAUUAAAGCACCAUAUCCCAGUCAGGGCAGUGCACCAGGAGGCUACGGACCGACUACAGGAUCAGGAGCAAAUGCCGGGGCCCUUGCUAAUGCCAAUGCUGGCGCAAACGCAGCUGGAAUUGGUGGAGCAUACGGUCAACCGAUUAAAGAGGCUCCUAUAGUCAUACCUGCCAGUCCACAAAUAAAUUACGAAACUGUACCAAGUGGAUCGGGCAGUGCAUUUGGAAAUUCUGGACCAGGCAAUGGUAACUACGGUAUUCCUACGAAGGAUGCCCCUAUCUAUGGACCCUCUGCACCAACUUACGGCCCUGGAUCCAGUGGAGUAAGCAAAGCUGACGCUGGAGCUAAUGCUGGUACUGGUGCUGGUGCAUCAGGCAGUGGAAAUGUUGGUUAUGGUGGUACUCCAAACCAAGGUGCCCCUAUUUAUGGAGCACCUGGAUCCGCUUUUGGUAAUGGCGCUGCUGGAGGCGCCGGUGCAAAUGCUGGAGCAAAUGCAGGAGCACUUGGAUCUGGAAGUGGAAUCGGUGGUUAUGGUGCUCCAACCAAAGGUGCCCCUAUUUAUGGAACGCCUGGAUCUGCCAUUGGUAAUGGCGCUGCUGGAAACGCCGGUGCAAAUGCUGGAGCAAACGCAGGAGCACUUGGAUCUGGAAGUGGAAUCGGUGGUUAUGGUGCUCCAACCAAAGGUGCCCCUAUUUAUGGAACGCCUGGAUCUGCCAUUGGUAAUGGCGCUGCUGGAAACGCCGGUGCAAAUGCUGGAGCAAACGCAGGAGCACUUGGAUCUGGAAGUGGAAUCGGUGGUUAUGGUGCUCCAACCAAAGGUGCCCCUAUUUAUGGAACGCCUGGAUCUGCCAUUGGUAAUGGCGCUGCUGGAGGCGCCGGUGCAAAUGCUGGAGCAAAUGCUGGUGCAAAUGCUGGAGCAAAUGCUGGAGCAAAUGCAGGAGCACUUGGAUCUGGAAGUGGAAUCGGUGGUUAUGGUGCUCCAAGCAAAAGUGCUCCUAUUUAUGAAACGCCUGGAUCUGCCUUUGGUAAUGGCGCUGCUGGAAACGCUGGUGCAAAUGCUGGAGCAAAUGCUGGAGCAAAUGCAGGAGCACUUGGAUCAGGAAGUGGAAUCGGUGGUUCUGGUGUUCCAAGCAAAGGUGCUCCUAUCUAUGGAACGCCUGGAUCUGCCUUUGGUAAUGGCGCUGCUGGAAACGCUGGUGCAAACGCUGGUGCAAAUGCUGGAGCAAGUGCUAAAGCUGACGCUACAGCAAAUGCUGGAAGUACUGGAUCAAGUGGAGUCGGUGGCUUUGGAAGCCCAAUCAAAGGCGCUGGAAGUGGAUUCGGUGGAUCUGGAGCCGGUGGAUUUGGAGGUGCUUCCGCUAGUGCCAGUGCAAAGGCUGAGGCUUCCGCCACUGCUGGAGGUGCUGCUGGUGGUUAUGGCGAUUCAGGAGCUCACGGGGGCUCAAACGCAGUUUCCAGUGCAAACUCGAACUCGUUCGCCAAUGGAGGUUCCGCCAGCAGCAGUUCGUCCGCCAAGUCGACCGCUUUUGGAAGUGGAAAUGGAGGAGCCAGCGCAAAUGCACAGGCGUCGAGCAAAGCUUCGUCGGGAUCCGGCGGCAGUUCCGCCUCUAGCUCCGCUUCCGCCAACGUAGACACACACAGCAUGCUCAUCUUCAGCAACUAAUCGUCCAAACGUCCGAAUCAAAUCGUUAAUCGUUAAUUACUGCUUGCUCAAGCUAUUUAGCCAUGGAGAAAUUGGAUGCCAUAACCCGUGUCAUCACUCUGAAGGUUUUAGGAUACUCUUCUGAUUCGUGAACACGCAAUUAAUAAUAGCGUGUAGGACCUGAAACACGCCAAUAAGUCGAGAGUUAAAGAUACAACGAUCAACGUCGAUAUUCGAUGCGUCGAACGUUGAUACACCGCGAUUAAAAUCGCAAGAUCGUACUAUUGUAAGCGAGAUUGAACAGAAAUUGUAAUUGUUUUGCAUUUUCUUCGUGGUGUGUUAUGCAACGAGUUUUAUUGCGCUUCGAUCUUACCGGUGAAUCGGGAUGAAUAGAGUUCCAUCGGUGUUCGUCGAGUUGAACGUUUAAAAUUUAUUGUCAUUUGUGAUAUCGUUCUUGCCAAUGCACGAAGCAUAGAGAGCGUACUCUGUUUCAUCGAAUCACUCUCGAUAUCCUUUCCGUUAACGUUAAUAUCGGAUAUUACGCUUGUGUUCAUUGAUUUGAUCAUCCUAUCGAACUGUAAUAACAGCUGGUUUAGAAACUUUUCAGAGUGUCUUCCUCCUAUCCUUUUUUAAUCUUCUCGUAUAUGUGGAUAAUACUCUAAUUGUACUCUAUUUAUCAGUAUAAGAUUAGCUUCCUUUUAACGUUAUAAUAGGUAUCUAAAACAGAUAGAACGUUAUCUCUGCGAAAAUAUAUGUCAUUAAAUAUACCAUACGUUGGUGUUACUUGUGUAUCGUGAGAAACUAUUUUCAUUGUAAGUCGCGAUUGCCUGUAAGCACAGAUAGCGUUUUGUCUGUCUGUAUUUGUACGUAUGCGAUAUUGUCACGAAUAUCAAAUUUACGUUGUAGCGUUCUAAACAUGACUAUCGAUAAUAAAAAGAAAUUUUUAUAUUAAUUUAUAUGCAAGACGAAUGGCAGUAUGAUUUCCUACGAAUUCUAGCGAACAAAAGCAUUUAUCGAAUAUUCAAAUAUAUAACAUGAAAUAUGAAAUACAUUGAAUAUUCGAUAAAAUACACAUAGGUCGUGAGUAUCGAUUAAUAUCUUUUGUUUGUUUCUUCAUCCUAUGAUCGAUGAGUUUCUAGACAACUACAAAUUUGUUCAAUUUUCAAAUCUGCAUGCCAUAGGAUAACAAAGAAUAAACAGAAUUUUCUGUACAUUUCUAAAAAUGCGUUUCUGUAACUCGGAUUCGAAUUUGAAUUCCUUAACUCGUAUUCGUAUUCGUAACUUUUACCUUCAAUUCGAAUUUGGUAUUUUACAUUUAAAUUUGUAUUCGAAUGCCUUAACACGAAUCUUUUACUUUAAAUUUAAAUUUUAUUCAAUGUUUCUUGAUGCCAUAUUAUUUAUAUUUAAAUGUAUAUUUUAUACUGCAUAAGAGAUUUAGAGGAAGCGGACGAAUGGAACUGUAUAAAAACGUCGAAACGACAAAAUAAGGAAUAUAAUGAUACAUCGGAAUAUA